AUGUGCGCUAACGUGGUCACGCACAGCGUGAACGCGGGUCACGUCGAACAACAGCGUUCCGCCGUCUCUAAACCAUCGCACACCGGACACUCGGCGAGGCCAGGUCCGAACCGGCAAUUACGCAGGGCCGUGCCCGCUGGCCCCAUACCUCAGAUGGACAGAGCAACGCUAGCCGAGCUUGCGCCAGCUGGCAUAAACUCGCAGAGCCAUUGGACAUCAUCCGGGACAUGCCACUAUAGCUGUGGAGGCACGCGCAGGCGUAAUGACGUGGCUACCAAAGUGACGUGUUGUGACCAACCAAAUGAGCAGAGGCAAGCUAGUAGGUUUUUACGAUUUUCUGUUUUAUCAUUUCAGAUAUUGGAAAACGGUUACACCGUAAUUGACGACUUCCUGACUCCCGACGAGGUUAGUGAGGUACUGGAAGCAGGGAAAAAUCUUCACAAGGAUGCCCCGAAAGAGGAACGAAAAGUUUUUAGCACCAUCAAUUCCAGCAAAACUCAAAGCCGGGAUCAGUAUUUCAUAGAAAGUGGUGAUAAGGUUCGGUAUUUUUUCGAGGAAGGUGCUGUAGCAGAAAAUGGCGAACUAUUGGUUGAUCCUUCGGUGGCUCUGAAUAAAGUUGGACAUGCUCUGCACACGGAUCAUGCCGUUUUCAACAAAAUCACAUUCUCCAACCGCGUGAAGGAAGUGUGCUGGCAGCUCGGAUUCCAAAAGCCAGCCUGUGCACAAAGUAUGUACAUUUUCAAAAAUCCAGGUGUCGGAGGAGAAGUCAAACCGCAUCAAGAUGCCACCUACCUCUACACGGAGCCCAGCUCAACGAUCGGUUUUUGGAUUCCACUGGAAGAUGCCACGCUACAGAACGGUUGCCUGCAUUUCAUCAAGGGAUCGCACAAAAGUGGAGUGCAUCGAAGAUACCUCCGCAACCCGGACAAGUCAUCUCCAGAGCUUCUUGUUUAUGACCGCCCUGACCCCCUCUAUCCGCGGUCCAACUUCUGCGCAACCCCGGUAAGAGCAGGCUCGCUGGUCCUCAUCCACAGUCAGGUGGUGCAUCGAAGCGACGCGAACCGAUCGGACCGUAGCCGGCAUGCGUACACCUUCCACGUGAUCGAAACGGAAAACUCGACCUACUCCAGCGAGAAUUGGCUUCAGCCGCCGACCGAUCAGCCCUUUCCGGUGCUGUACGAGAGAGAUUGAGCGUCGAUCUUCCACCAGAAGGGAAGGAAGAAGCCAUGUGCCAUAGAUGAUGAUGUUUAUUUUUGUUAAUUCUCUUUAUUUCUGUGUAAAAAUAUACUUUCUAUUAUGAGUCAGCUUGAA